AUGCCUCCCAACCCGAGAAUUGACAACAACACUCUUGUUUGGAAUGCUAUAUCCAAACAACUUGAUAUCGCAGAUGAGUUGAGGGGAAUCUGGAAUAAGCUUGACCAUGGUCGCUUGAUUGCAGAUAUGGGUGUCGCCAACAAGAAUGCAGCCCAUCAUAGAUUCAGGAGAUGGAUAUCCUUUAUGGCUGAGCAAUGCGGCCAGUUGAGCGCGGAUAAUGAGGAUAUGGGGGAUGCUGCGAACCGCCCCCGAGGAGCCGGAAGAGGGGCGUGA